AUGGACACCAGCGUCAACGCUCGAGCUCCAUACAACAAGUUUGCUAAUGGCCUGACCUUGAAUGGGCAACAGUCAUCAGACGCCGAGAAAUCCUUGCAAGGCGCCAGCCGCAUCAUAGUCGGCCUCUUUUCUCAAUGGAUUGCCGUCGGUGUCAUGCUUGGCCUGAUCUUCGGUGGAUGCUGCUCUAAUGUCUACGCCCUGGAAGCUAUCAUCAAGUAA